AUGUGUUUUUCUCACCUUCACACUUUGCCAUCUGCUAUAGCCCCACCAAAUCAUCUUGCUAUUGCAAGAACAGAAGAAGUCAUGAUGAAAAAGGACUUUGAGUCUCUAUGUCAGGGCAGAAAUAAAUAUGGGCAUCAAACAUGGUUCAAUUGGUUGGAGUGUUACGCCUCAUUUGUUGUCGAGACUACCACAACCUCCCUAGGAUACUUGGAAGGGGGAAAUGUGAAGACAUGGGUCGAUAUCCAAGAGGAGGAAAAGAUCCACGGAUCUUCCACCAUCUUGGCUUCCCGGGUUACGGAGCUGAAGUCUUCCUUAGAAGCAGGGAGGAAGUUCCACCAGGAAACAUACGUUGUUGUUAUGAAGGUGAAUCGUCGUGCUGAGGAAGCUCAAACGUUCUUCAACGGGAGAAGGUAUCUCGUGCUAAAGACCAGAGGCUUCAUGACAGCCAGGUGA